UGAAUAGGCAAGUUAUCCAGUCGAUGGAUCUUAACCAGAAAAUGAAUAAGCUUAUAGUAACUACACAGAAGCAGGGGAUCAUCUUGUACUCCAUUUCUUCAGAUUUUCAGAUGAAGAAAGAGUUAUCCAUUCUUGACAGAAGACAUCUGAGAGCGGAGCAAUCUAUAAUUGAUGCAAGGUGGAGCAAGCCCUUGCUUGUAGGAGCAAAGCAUAAGGAGUUCAUCCUCUUCUGCUCUUCUGCUAAAAACAUUAAAUUGAUAGACUCGGAGACGUACAAAAUCGUGAAGGAAUACAGUAAACUUAAGAACAAGGCAACAACCCUGCUGUGGAAUCCUUUGGUUGAGAACAAUGAGUUCUUUCUUAGUGGUCAUGAGAAUGGCACAAUAAAUUACUGGCAUAAAGACCAGACUGACUCCUUGUACACCAUUAGCUUUAAGCAGCAGAACAGUCAAGUAAAGCAUCUCUCGUAUAAUUUGAAAGGAGCCAAGAUGUUUGCUUGCGGGCAUGAAGACGGUAAAGUUUUUGUUUGGAAUACCCAAUCCCCAAAUGACCCGAAGUAUCAGUUUCAGCUAGGAAGACAAACUGUUGAAGGUGUUGAGUGGCAUCCAGCUUAUGGUAAAACUCUGAUGUCUGGUGGUAAAAAUAUCAGGAUUACCCAUAUGCAGGACAAUAAGCUACAAGACGAGGCAAUUAAUACUUUCAGAGGAAAGUUAAAUGCUUUGAGAUGGAGACCAGGGACAGAUAAAGAAAUUUCAUAUGCUUCAGAGAACCUUCUCAUCGUUUUGAACAAGACUAGGCCAUAUUUGAACCACUAUAUGAUCCAGAUUCAAUCCGGGCCAAUUGUAUCUUUCGAAUGGCAUAAGAACAACAACAAUAUUAUAAUUGCAGGCAAGAAGGAUAUCGUUAUUGCAAGUCUAAAAGAUGCAUUUGUCCCUCUGACUGUUAUGAAUGUAGCUGUGUUCGACAUUGACGUGAUGGAAAAUAUCGUAUUCCUGAAGCAGCAUAAUUUCAGCAGGGAUCCUAAAUAAAUUGAUGAAAAUGAGCAAGCCUGAUAAUCUCAUAACUUAUCAAUCGUUGAAAAAUGCACUAAAAUAUCGCCUUGAUAGCUUUAUUGACCGAAGAGCAGAUGGCAUGCAGCUCGGAAGUAGGAGGUUUUAUGGAGAAGAGCCUAAAAAGAAGAGAAAAGAAAGGAAAAUUACUAUUGACCAGAGAAGAAUAUUUCAAAGAAUCCAAGCUUUUAAUAGUGAUGAAUUAGACUACAAAGAGAAGGAUGACACCAAUAUAACUACAAUUAAAUAAAGAAGACACAAUUGAUCCUGAUGAGGUCUUUGUCAAAGUUGAUAAAUAUACAAAAUUAGCUCAUUUGUUCAAGUUCCAGGGAGAUUCUAUCUGAAAUCUUUGCAAGCACAAUUCAACUGUAGCAAAGGAGCAAGGGUAUGAAGAGCUUUCACAGUCUUGGGACUCGCUCCAAAUUUUGUAUCAUGAUCUCAACGGCGGUAAAUAUAGUCAUUUCAAUGAGGAAAAGGAAAAGAGCCAAAAACCUUAUCGAUUUAAUACUUUCCACAAGUUGCGAACUUUGGACUCAGGAUUAAGGCUAAAUGGUGAACCACAAGGGAAUCAGGAAGCUGUGAAUAAAAAGCACCAAACCCAUAAUACAAAGAAUAAAAGAAAGAAGUCUGGUGCACAAUUAAAAAUAAAUUUUGUGAAACCCAAAGAGAACUAUAAGAUUUAUUCAAAUUUUGACAUUGAAGCUGGAAACUCUGAAAAUCCUGGAGGUAUUUUCAUGCCAGCUUCUUCUAUCAGAAAGCCUCAGAAAGUGAAGAAGGAGACUGUGAGGCAGUCAGGACAAGUUUUUAAGCCCAAAGUUAUCAGUCUGAGUUCAGCUAAGAUGAGACCUUCGAAGAAAGUCCAAAAAGAAGAGAAAACAGUGAGGCUAACUCAUAUAGAGUAUGACACUAAGAGGGAGAAAUUACACUGCUCUAAUGAAGUUGACUGAAGUGAAUCUUUGAACAUCUGGGCAAAUGACAUGAUGAAGCAGUCUAUCUUAGACAUAAUCUUUUACUAUGCUGAGAAUGGAGACCUUCAGAGUAGCUCUAUAAUGCUACUGAUAUUUAAAUCAAAGAUCGCAAUUCCGAAUUCAAGAGUUAGUUCUGUCGUUAGGGGGUAUCUGAAUGUGCUUCAAAGACUUAAAGCUUGGUGAAUAGCAGCAGAAGUAGUCAAGUUCUGCCAAAUUGCUGAUAUACAGAAUGAAUAUGGCAAAAGCUCAAUGAUAAAAACUAAAUGCCAGCAUUGUAGGAAUAAAGAAAGUGGCACAGAAGUUAAGUGCUAUCUUGACAAAUGUGGGAAAUUUAACUCUCAUUGAUCAAUCUGUGACAUCCCUGUCAGAGGUAGAAUGUGGUGGUGACAAUUAUGUGGGCAUGGAGGGCAUUCAUAUCACAUGAAAGAAUGGUUCCAGAUGAAUACGACUUGCCCAACUGGGUGAGGACAUAAUUGUUUAGAUGACAGUUCAUAUCUGUCUUUGUUCUUAAACUAAAAAGUAUUGCCAUAA